AUGUUAAGGGUGUCGGAGGGGCAGGGGACCCGCCUACCCAAAACCAGAGCGGCCCAAAGGAGCACUCUGACCAGUGUUCUGCACUCCAGUGUGGUGUCUCUUCCAGAGUCACGUCCGGCAGCCCAUGCCCCUCGCUCCCACCGCACUCCUGGCCUGCAGACGCCCCCGCCCCGACGCCUCCUCUCCUCUCUCCCACACGGUCCCCAUGGCAUGCUGGGAAAACGCAGCUACCAUCACCACAGCAGGGUUGAGCAAGACAGGCGCUCAGAGAACCCAAGUACGACAGGUGGACCCCUCCUGCAUAAUGGCCGCAACAGCGGCAGCGGAAGCACCCGAGGUGGAGUCAUGAUCCGCAAACGACGUCCCAACUGGAUCGAUGCCCCUGAUGACAGCUUCUUCCUUGUCACCAGGGAGACCAGGACUCUGUCUAAAUGAGCCAUGGCACCCGGCCGUCACAGCCGCCCUCUGAUCAUCGGGGCUAAAAUUAGC